AUGCCUCGACCGCUAUCGCAAUUGUCGUUCCUUGCAAAGCUUCUCGUCUUUGUCUGCCUGCUUCUAUCGACGGUCGCCGAGUCCAUGACACUUUCAGAUGAAACCCUCGAGAACAUUCCUUCGCCCGGCGACGAUUUCGAUAUCAAGGAUGGCAAGCUUCUUGCUCCUAUCCUGAUUCCUCGUGUGCCUGGCACCGAGGGUCAACGGCGCGCCCAGAAACACUUUGUCGAGUUCUUCAAGGAAAAUCUUCCCGAAUGGAAACUCGAAAUGCAGAAUUCGACUUCAAAGACACCUGUACACGGGAACAAGCAGAUCCCAUUCUCCAACCUCAUCUUUCGAAGAGACCCCCCUUGGUCACAGAACGGAGACGUUAGUCGACUUACGCUGGUCGCGCACUACGAUAGCAAAUAUGAGCCUGAAGGAUUCAUUGGCGCAAUCGACAGCGCAGCACCGUGCGCCAUGUUGAUGCAUGUCGCGAGGAGCAUUGAGGAUGCGCUCACUGCGAAAUGGGCCAAGAUGCAGAAGGACGGGUCUGCGGAUGAUGGGCUUGAGGAGACCCAGGGAAUCCAGAUUAUCUUUCUAGAUGGCGAAGAGGCAUUCAAACAUUGGACGGAGGAGGACUCGCUUUAUGGAGCCAGGACUCCUCUGGACUCUAUCAGUCUGUUUGUCCUCCUCGAUCUUUUAGGAUCUGCUGAUCCUACUAUUCCCUCUUACUUCCUUACAACCCACUGGGCAUACCGAGCCAUGGCAGGUCUUGAGAAGCGCAUGCGACAACUCAAUGUCCUCGAGACCAAGCCCAGAUUUCCUUUCCUCCCAGAUGGCAACAAAACAGCCAAUCGAUUCACUCGCAGCUAUAUCGACGAUGAUCACCGACCUUUCAUGCAGCGCGGCGUUGACAUCUUGCAUAUCAUUCCAUCGCCCUUCCCUGAUGUGUGGCACGAGAUCACAGAUGAUGGUGAGCACCUCGAUCUUCCCACAGUGCGUGACUGGGCGAGGAUCACCACUGCGUUCGUGGUGGACUGGAUGGGUAUCCAGGAUUUCAUGCCCAAGUUGGCGGGAACUAAAGCAAAGAGGAAUGGUGCGGCUGCAACAACUACGUCGAGCCGGAGGACGGAGCUUUAG